CCCCGCCUCGUGCUCCCCUAUGCAGUCGGAAAUCGUGAAUAGGAAAUUCGGGAUGUUCGCUUACCCCUUCUGGACGGCACCGUUGACCUUGAUGUCGACGAUAUCGCCAACCCUGCAAUCCGUUAGCACCAAAGUCCCAAGGGUCGCAAAAUCGAUCCUCCAACAUACUUGUACUGCUUAAGGUAUGUCGACAGUCUGAUCAUACCCUUCUCCCGGAAGUUCCGGGAGAAGGCGUAUCUCGUACCAGCACGGAGACCAGCAGGGUGACCCAUUUUGAUUGAUUAUGGGGUUGUCGUCGUGGGUCGAGAUCUGUCGAGAUGGUGUUGUCGCUGGCUGGCGAAUUUGGGAAUUUUGUGUGAACGCAAAUCUGAGGUCGGGAUUUGCACACGGGUGACUAAGCAGGCUGCGGGCUGCUCCCAACCAACCAGCUAUUGUUAGGGCACGCUGGUGGACCCACACGCACGGACCAACCACAAACCCACCCCUCCGGGCUGGCAUUCAAUUUUCUAUCAACUCCAAGGGAAGGGUCUGGAGUUUGGAAAUUUCCCUCGACCGAUCGACCUUUGACAGCCUCAACGACAAAGAUGGCCCCUCGCUCGUACUCCAAGACCGCUAAGGUCCCCCGCCGUCCCUUCGAGGCCGCUCGUUUGGACUCCGAGUUGAAGCUCGUUGGCGAGUACGGUCUCCGCAACAAGCGUGAGGUGUGGCGCGUUCUGCUCACCCUCUCCAAGAUUCGUCGUGCUGCCCGUGAGCUUCUCACCCUCGACGAGAAGGACCCCAAGCGUCUCUUCGAAGGCAAUGCCCUCAUUCGCCGCCUCGUCCGCGUCGGUGUGCUCGAUGAGUCCCGUAUGAAGCUCGAUUACGUCCUGGCCCUCAAGGCUGAGGAUUUCUUGGAGCGCCGCCUCCAGACUCUCGUCUACAAGCUCGGCCUCGCCAAGUCCAUCCACCACGCUCGUGUCCUUAUCCGCCAGCGCCACAUCCGUGUCGGCAAGCAGAUCGUCAACGUUCCUUCUUUCGUCGUCCGUCUCGACUCCCAGAAGCACAUUGACUUCGCUCUCACCUCCCCCUUCGGUGGUGGCCGCCCCGGCCGUGUCCGGAGAAAGAAGGCCAAGGCCGCCGAGGGUGGCGAUGGCGACGCCGAGGAGGACGAGGAGUAAAUUUGAGGCAUCUUUUAUACCAGAGGGAUUUUGAUUGGGACUUUGCGGGACGGGCUACGAAAACUGGUCUGGGCAGGAACUUGGGGCCUCUGCAUCAUGCUGCUUUACAGGCGUUAGUCGGCGUGCAAUGCAUCGAGAUUUACCGUACAUCAACUCGGCAGCGAGUCACCAAUCGAGCCUCAGCUCUUCUGAAAGAACCUGCGCUUAAUCCACCU